GUUCGAGUUACUAUGGAUGCAGGCGUGCGGCAGGUACCCGCCCUCGGUGGCAUCCGCGCCCCUUUCUCAUUUUCACAUACGAGGGAAAUCGGGGGUCCUUGGGUAGUACCAAGUACUUAUUGGAACUCUGAGCACGAAGCUCAGCCAGGCAGCGAUCGUUUUCACAGCGUGCUGUCUUACUGUCAGCUUGCCGUCUUGUCCUGAGUUCCCCUUGGUUCGACAUCGUCAGUUCUCGGCGUCGAUAUGAAACAGAACCGGGUUGCUGCAACGCUAUUCGCCCUUCUCGUCGCGGGAAUCGGGAGCAGCGUCGGUGCACCACCUAACUGCAGAUACUUACCCGGGGACGCAGAAUGGCCAAGCCCGGCGGCAUGGGCCGAACUCAACCAGACCGUUGGGGGCAGGUUGAUCGCCAGUCGGCCUCUGGGUCGGCCCUGCUUUGAGCCCGGCGUUGACGCUGCAGAAUGUGCCGUAACCAAGGCCGAAUGGACAUUCCUAGACACCUACCUUAAGGAUCCUGUUCAUGUCAUGUCCCCGUACUGGAUGAACAAUUCGUGCAGCCCCUUCCUUGGCCCUAGUGGGGAGUGUGCGCUCGGAAACAUUGCAUCGUACGCCAUCAACGUCAACAACGCCCAGGAUGCCGUCGCCGGCGUGCGUUUUGCCCAGGCCAACAACGUCCGGCUCACCAUCAAGAACACGGGACACGAUUUUCUCGGGCGUGCGGCUGGUGCGGGAUCCCUGGCAUUGUGGACGCGUAACCUCAAGGAGGUGACCUACUUGAAUCGCUACCGCGGCUGCAACUACACGGGACCAGCGGCCCGGCUUGGGGCAGGCGUACAGCAUGCUGACCUCUAUCCCGCUGAGAAUAGGGGGCGCCGCUUCCGCGUCGUGGCCGGUUCCUGCGCUACCGUGGGAGUCACUGGAGGCUUUACUCAAGGUGGCGGACAUAGCGCACUGUCGUCCAAGUACGGUUUGAGUGCCGACCAGGUCCUGGAGUGGGAAGUGGUCACCGCCGACGGGAAGCACAUCACGGCGUCGCCUUCGGAGCACUCCGAUCUGUACUGGGCCUUGCGCGGCGGUGGAGCGGGUAACUAUGCCGUCGCGAUUUCCAUGACGGUCAAGGCAUAUCCAGACGGGCAGGUGGCUGGCGCAGGCUUUGCGUUUGCCAACGAAGACGGAACCACCUACUGGGCCGCCGUCUCGGCCUUCUUUCGGCAUCUCCUCGUUCUUGACAAGCUGGACGGCUAUGUGUCAGGCUUCACCAUCACAGCACUAGGGUUCUCCCUCGUAUUCGCCCUCGCGCCCGACGCCAAGUCGGAAGACGACAUCAGCGGUCCCCUUGCCCCCUUCUUCGCCGAGCUCCAAGCCCUCAACGUGACCGUCACCAACAACCGCGCCAGUCUCCACCCCAAUUACGCCAGCUGGUUCGACGCGUUUGCCGGGCAGGUGGAGUACAGCACCAACAACUCGGUCGGCGGGCGGUUGAUUCCGCGGACCGUAGUCCAGGACGAUCUCCCCAGCCUGGUGGCGGCGCUGCGGGACAUCGCCGAGAACAGCACGACGGUGGGCGGGUCGGCCAUCAACGGGGUGUCGGUCAACGUGACGGAGGCGCGCAUCGGGGCGGCGGCGGUGCCCGGGGCUAGCGCGGUGCUGCCGGCGUGGCGGGACGCGCUCUUCACGCUCAACUUUGGCAUCCCGCUCGCUGAGGAUGCGGAGUGGGAUGUUAUGCGUACCGGGCAGCGGUGGAUCAAUGAGAAGCAGGAUAGGUUGCGGGCGGUGACGCCCGGUGGGGGCUCGUACAUGAACGAGGCGACGUUUGAUAAUGCCAACUGGAAGGAGGACUACUUUGGGGUGAAUUACGAGGCCCUGCGUGCUGUCAAGGACAAGUAUGAUCCCGAGGGUCUCUUUUGGGCAAAUGCAGCGGUUGGCAGCGAUGCGUCGUGGCAGCCCGCGGCGGAUGGAAGGCUUUGCAGAGUCCAGUAACGUGUAGAUA